CACACUCGGCCCGGACGGGGCGGACGGACCGGAGCCCAUGGGGAGCCGGCCCCGACCCGCGAUCGCCGCCCCGCGGGAGCCCCGCGUCUGAGAAGCGGGGUGCGGUGCGUGCGGGGACCAUGACCUCGGUGUGGAAGCGCCUGCAGCGCGUGGGCAAACGGGCCGCCAAGUUCCAGUUCGUGGCCUGUUACCACGAGCUGGUGGUCGAGUGCUCCAAGAAAUGGCAACCUGAUAAGCUGGUGGUGGUGUGGACCCGGCGGAACCGGCGUAUCUGCUCCAAGCCCCACAGCUGGCAGCCUGGCAUCCAGAACCCGUACCGGGGCACCGUGGUGUGGAUGGUCCCCGAGAAUGUGGACAUAUCUGUGACCCUCUACAGGGAUCCCCAUGUGGAACAGUAUGAAUCCAAAGAAUGGACGUUUAUUAUUGAGAAUGAAUCCAAGGGACAGCGGAAGGUGCUGGCCACGGCCGACGUGGACCUGGCCCGCCACGCAGGGCCCGUGCCCGCCCAGGUGCCCCUGCGACUGCGGCUGAAGCCCAAGUCGGUGAAGGUGGUGCAGGCAGAGCUGAGCCUGACGCUGUCCGGGGUGUUGCUGCGGGAGGGCCGAGCCACGGAUGAUGACAUGCAGAGUCUGGCCAGCCUCAUGAGCGUGAAGGCCAGUGACGUGGGCAACUUGGAUGAUUUCAUCGAGAGUGACGAGGAGACCGAGAGUCGGGCCCGGGGUGCCCAGCCAGCUCCCCCUGAUCCUUCUCGAGGACUGAAGACCCUCGGUAAAGUGGAGGAAGAGGGCCAGACAUCGCCUCGUCAGGCAGUUGCCAGCCCCUCUGGCCCUGAGGAAGCCAGCCCAGCCCCCACGGCUGCUGCCCCCCUGAACUCCAGCCAGUCCCUGCUGGAGUGGUGUCAGCAGGUCACUGCCGGCUACCGGGGCAUCCGGGUCACCAACUUCACCACCUCCUGGCGCAACGGCUUGGCCUUCUGUGCCAUCCUGCACCACUUCUACCCAGACAAGAUUGACUAUACCUCCCUGGACCCGCUCAACAUCAAACAGAACAAUAAGCAGGCCUUCGAUGCCUUCGCAGCGCUGGGCGUGUCGCGGCUGCUGGACCCCGCGGACAUGGUGCUGCUGGCGGUGCCGGACAAACUCAUCGUCAUGACCUACCUGUGCCAGAUCCGCGCCUUCUGCACGGGCCAGGAGCUGCAGCUGGUGCAGCUGGAGGGCGGGGGCGGCGCGGGCACUUACCGGGUGGCCACCCCGCCCGGCCCAGCCGCGCCCCUGGACACCGGGCACCUGGCCCAGCGGCUGCGGGAGCACCGGGUUGAGUCGCCCCAGGAACCGCCCAAGUCAGCACAGACCGAGAGCCACUUGGACACGGCGGGGGUCCCUGCAGCGCCUGCCCAGGACCCCCAAAAAGCCUCCACCAAGGGGCCCCCCAAAACACCCACCGAGGAGCCCCCGCUGCCUCCUUCCAAGGAGCCCCCAAAAGCCUCUGCCAAGGAACCUCCAAAAGUCUCUACCAAGGACACCCCAAAAUCCCCCACCAAGGAGCCCCCAAAAGCUCCCUCCAUGGACCCCCCGCCGCCCCCGGCCAAGGACCCUUCGCAGGCCGCCCUGGAGGCUCUUCCUGCGGACUCGCCCGCCGAAGGGCUGCUGAACGGGGCCGGGGUGCCCGGCAGCGUGGCCAGCGUGAAGCUGCGGCGCCCGUCGGUGAACGGGGAGGCCGGCCCGGUGCCCCCGCCCCGCGCCCACGGCUGCUUCUCCCAUGUGCGCGACGCCGACGGGUUGAAGAAGCGAAGGUCACGGGUGCGGAGUGUCAGCUCCUGCUCCGUGGAUGAGGCCGAGCCCGGAGCUGUGGCUGGGGAAGGCCUCAGCCCUGACCCCAGCUCUGACCCUGGCUGCCCCACAGCCCCGAACCCGAAAUCAGCCCACGAUGGGAGCCCCCCACUGGAGGAGACGCCCCCAAGUCCUGGAGAGGAUGCUGGGCUGCAACGGUUCCAGGACACGAGUCAGUACGUGUGUGCAGAGCUGCAGGCGCUGGAGCAGGAGCAGCAGCAGAUCGACGGGCGGGCGGCUGAGGUGGAGACGCAGCUGAGGAGCCUGAUGGAGUCGGGGGCCAACAAGUUGCAGGAGGAGCUGCUGAUCCAGGAGUGGUUCACGCUGGUCAACAAGAAGAACGCGCUUAUCCGCAGGCAGGACCAGUUGCAGUUGCUAAUCGAGGAGCAGAACUUGGAGCGGAGGUUCGAGCUGCUGAGCCGGGAGCUUCGGGCGAUGCUGGGCAUUGAAGACUGGCUGAAGACCGCAGCGCAGCAGCACCGAGAGCAGCUCUUGCUAGAGGAGCUGGUGUCGCUGGUGAACCAGCGGGACGAGCUGGUCCGGGACCUGGACCACAAGGAACGGAUUGCUUUGGAGGAGGAUGAGCGCCUGGAACGCGGCCUGGAGCAGCGACGUCGCAAGUUGAGCCGGCAGCUGAGCCGUCGGGAGCGCUGCGCACUGAGCUGAGGCCUCCUG